AUGUACGUCCUCCGCCGAUUUCUCGUCGGCAUUGUCCUUGUAGUCGGACUUUAUUUUGCUGUUUCCGCCCUACGUAAACAUCUCGAUCCCAACACACACAAAAGCGAGGAACAAAAGGAAGACGCAGAUUGGAUUGCGACUUCUAAAUGGUGGUUAGACAGGCAAGCGUGUCGGUGGUUGGCAGUCUGCGGGCUGGCGCAUUAUCACCCCGAUCCCGCGGCGUUACCUUUUAGGUAUCAAAAGAGAUCGAACGACCAGGAACCUUUGGUCUUGGAGCAGGAGGAAUAUGCGAAAUACAUUGACUGGAAGGAUAUUCAUGGUGAUGGAAAACCACAACCAGGGGAUUGGGAGGGCGAUAGUGCUGUCCUAAAGGAGGUUCCUCAAUAUGUCCUUGACCAUGCGCCACUGAUACACCUGUACUCCAAGGAGCAGUUUUGGCCCUCGGAUAUUGCUGAACAUUUGAUGCAUACCGUGCCCUACGAGAACCACACUACUCUUGAUCUCGAUAACAACACCCUACAUAACGUAUUCAACCUCCACGAACUGAAUGAGAAGACGAAGGGAAAAUAUUUGUUCAUGCAAAGUAGAGAUGACGUUGAACAACGACCGGAAUGGCUUUCAAGUGCCUAUAAUAAGCCAGUGCCUUAUGAUGACUACGAAGAGCCGGAUGGAGAUGGCGACUUGGUUGACAAGCCAAUGGAAUUUUCUGCGGAAUCUUCGGUUUUAUACGAGCAGCAGUCUUGGUAUGAUCCCACUGCGUCACCACAGGACAACAAAAAGGCAGAGUCUUUCGUGGCUUCCACUGAAAACUCGAAGCUUGCUCGUCCCUCGCAUCGACUUGAUCUUCGCGAUAAGAUGACGAAGCGAAUUCCAGCCAUUACCUCGCCAGGCGGUUAUUCUCCAGCUCCCGUCAUCCUAGUAAUGGUUGAUAAAGGAAAUGGAAUUUUAGAUGCCUUUUGGUUUUACUUUUACAGUUACAACCUUGGAACGACCGUUCUAAAUAUUAGAUUUGGGAAUCAUGUAGGGGACUGGGAGCACUCUUUGAUUCGAUUCCAGAACGGAAAGCCAAAGGCGGUUUUCUUCUCGGCACAUUCUGGAGGCCUUGCAUAUGCAUACGAUGCCGUCGAGAAAGGCAAAGGACCGGGCAGAGAGGGACGUCCUGUAUUAUACUCAGCGUACGGAUCUCAUGCAAUGUAUGCAACACCCGGAAAACACCCUUAUGUUCUCCCCUUUGGUCUGCUCGCCGACGUAACCGAUAAAGGUCCUCUUUGGGACCCAGCCCAAAACUAUCUGGCCUACCAUUACAACACAACCAUCACUCACAACGCGGACGCGCGAUCGUUACAAGCUGCCACAUCACAAGAGGAGAUGAACAAACUCCAACCAGCUCUUAACAAUCCCAAUGCACCAAUGGGAUGGUGGUGGUACAAUGGCCGUUGGGGCGACAAGUUCUACGAACUGGGCGAUAUCCGACAGUGGCGAUUCGUCGGACAAUACCAUUAUGUCAACGGGCCGUACGGACCGAGCUACAAGAACCUGGGGCGAAGCAAGCCCUGCCAAUCGGGUGGGAGCUGCACGAUCCUCGAGAGCAUCGAUGCGGGCAGGAAGAAGAGCUGGCUUGGAAAGCGGGGUCUUCGAUUCCGCAUCUGA